AUGACCGUCACAGAACCACAGCACUACCGAAAGAAGUCGACAACGUUUGGCUCGCCUCUUCCAUUUCGGACAAAGUCUCUGGCUUCCGUGAAUAUUAUUUUGGAUGAAGAAGUCGUGUUUGACUUCGAUGGACUCUCAAAGGCAUCCAGGAAGUGUUUCCAUGCAUAUGGCGUUCAUUCAGUGACAAUUGAACCAGAGGGACAGUCAUUCCAGAAGAUCCACAGCGAGGAUUUAACAGGAAAGAGUAUCGCGAGGGAAACAAUGCACGCUCAAGGUGUUGGUAAGAGACAACUGAGCUUUGAGGAACGACAGCAGUGCAAGGUUAGCCGUGGAAAUCUACGCAUGGACUUUACCUGUUGCCAGUGA